AUGCUACAGGUUUUAGGUGGCCAAACCGCCGGUAACGUCGAUACCGGACUGCUAAUCAUAGCCGCCAGAAGUUCACUAAAGCCGACGGUAAUUACUGGUGGUUUACUGUUGGUUGCUGGCGGUUAUCUGGCGAUAAUCCGACGGUUUAGCCGCAGAGAAAUCAGCAUAGAUUACAAUAAUAUUCUAAAAGUACAGGGAGGUGUUGGGAAGUCGACCGUUGCAGUAAACCUUGCCUAUACAUUAGCUGGUAUGGGUGCCAGGGUUGGCAUAUUUGAUGCUGAUGUUUAUGGUCCAAGUCUACCAACAAUGGUCUCUCCUGAGAAUCGUUUGCUAGAAAUGAGCCCAGAAAAUAAAACCAUACUUCCAGCAGAAUACUUGGGCGUCAAAUUGGUUUCUUUUGGUUUUGUUGGACAAGGGCGUGCAAUAAUGCGUGGUCCUAUGGUCUCGGGGGUUAUCAAUCAACUACUUACUACUGCUGAAUGGGGAGAGCUAGACUAUCUUGUUAUUGAUAUGCCUCCUGGAACAGGUGACAUUCAGCUUACUCUGUGCCAGGUCGCUCCAUUAACUGCAGCAGUGAUUGUCACUACACCGCAGAAGCUAGCAUUUAUUGAUGUGGCAAAAGGAGUUCGCAUGUUUUCAAAGCUUAAGGUUCCAUGUGUUGCCGUAGUCGAGAACAUGUGCUAUUUUGAUGCUGAUGGUAAGCGUUAUUACCCUUUUGGAAAGGGUUCUGGGGCUCAGGUUGUCCAGCAGUUCGGAAUUCCUCAUCUCUUUGAUCUUCCCAUUCGGUCAACUCUAUCAGCUUCAGGAGAUAGUGGUAUGCCUGAAGUAGUUGCUGAUCCUCAAGGUGAGGUGGCCAGGACAUUUCAAAAUCUUGGGGUUUGUGUUGUUCAGCAAUGUGCAAAAAUUCGUCAGCAAGUUUCAACAGCAGUCUUCUAUGAUAAAUUGAUCAGAGCAAUCCGAGUUCGAGUACCAGGCUCGGAUGAUGAAUUUUUUCUGCAUCCUGCAACUGUAAGACGGAAUGACCGCUCUGCUCAGAGUGUGGAUGAAUGGACUGGGGAUCAAAAGCUGCAAUUUGGUGAUGUUCCAGAAGAUAUUGAGCCCGAAGAUGUCAGGCCCAUGGGAAAUUAUGCAGUUUCAAUAACAUGGCCUGAUGGAUUUAGCCAGAUAGCACCUUAUGAUCAGUUGCAAACUAUGGAACGGUUAAUUGAGGCUCCCUUACUAACAUCUUGAAAUAUCAAGUAAUGCGAUUCAGAACAGAACUUGCGUGAUAAUCUGAAAUGUAACUUCCAGCCAAAACAAAAGAGGAACAUUUUUUUUUUUUUUAACAUUGAUGUAUUAUUCUGGUUUGAAAUUCAUAAAGCGGAAGCUAUUAUAAUGUUUAAGUUUAUUAUAGUGAAAAAAGUUUACAAAUGCAUUUCACAUAUAUAUUA